CCCUAACUGCGGGAUAUUUCGAAUUCCAAAUCUUCAAAAGUAACAUCAUUGGUACUCCUCAAGGGUCCAUCGUAAGCCCUAUCCUAUCAAAUAUAUUUCUAGAUCAACUUGACCACUUUGUGUUGUCCCUUAAAAAGGACUUUGACAAGGGAGACAAAGCCAUAAGAACGAAAGAGAGCAGGUAUUACGAAUAUCAUGUCCUCAAAGCUCGAAAGGCCGGAGACAAAGCCCUAAUGCGUAAACACAUCGCCGAAAGAUCUCAAUUUCGGGCCAUUGACUUUGGAAAUGACGGCUUUAAAAGACUGUCCUACAUCAGAUACGCCGAUGACUGGAUAGUAGGAAUAAGAGGAACCCUCCAGGAGGCCAAAGAAAUACUCAACAAGAUAAGUCUUUUCUGUGCAUCUAUUGGUUUAACACAAAAUGGGAACUAUGCGUCGAUUAAGACGUAA